CACAGACUCUGUUUGUUAAACAGCUUUCAGACCAAGAUGGAUCCACAUGUGUCGAAGCGUGAACUCUAUGUUGUCAGUGUGUUGCUGUUCACAAUGUACCAGAGUCAGAUUGCUGCUCUCAGCUUCAGGGCAAAUAUUUCUUCUUGUCUGGAGGACAAAGACUACGAAACGCUGCUGGAGACAGCAAAGACCGGCCUCCCCCCCACACACACACCGCACCAUGUGGUGGUUGUUGGUGCUGGCAUGGCUGGACUGACGGCUGCAAAGCUGCUGCAGGACGCAGGACACAAGGUGACCAUAUUAGAAGCUAGUGAUCGUGUGGGAGGACGAGUGGAGACCCACAGGAAUGAAAAUGACGGCUGGUACAUUGAAUUUGGAGCAAUGAGGAUCCCAACUACUCAUGAAAUCAUCCGCUGGUACGUGGAAUCACUCGGACUCGAGCUAAAUGAAUUCUUCAUGACUCACCCCAAAACCUUCUACCUGGUCAAUGGGAUAAAGAAACGGACGUUUGAAAUGAAUGCAGACCCUGACAACAUGGGGUAUAACCUGGAGGGUCACGAGAAAGGGAUGUCGGCCGACGAGCUGCUACAACAAUCUUUGGAGAAGGUGAAUGAGUAUAUUGCGAAACAUGGCUGUUCUGAAGCUCUUAAGAAGUACGACCACUACACUGUGAAGGACUAUCUGAAAACGGAAGGUAAUUUGAGCGCAGAAGCCGUGAGGAUGAUCGGAGACAUGCUCAACACAGACGCCAUCAUGGCCCUUGCUCUGAGUGAGAUGAUGUUCCUCAGCAACGACGUCAACGACGAAACCACGUACCAUGAAAUAACAGGUGGGUUCGAUCUUCUCCCCAACGCUUUACACAAAACACUGAAGGCCCCUGCUCUCCUGAACUCCAAGGUGAAGCGUAUCAGUCGGUCAGAUAAAGGUGUCGUCAUAUCGUACAAGAAAGACAAACAAUCCUUUCUCACCGACCUUAAGGCUGACACAGUCCUGGUAACCACCACAACCAAAGCAGCCCUGUUCAUUGAAUUUGAUCCACCUCUCCCCGUUGACAAGAUGGAGGCCCUGAGGGCGGUCCACUAUGCAAGCUCCACAAAAAUCAUCCUCACCUUCAGUGAGAAGUUCUGGGAGAGGGACGGUAUCAAAGGAGGGAAGAGCAUCACAGACCGGCCCUCUCGUUUUAUCUACUAUCCCAGCCACGGUUUCCAAAACAAGGACAUCGGCGUCCUCCUGGCCUCCUACACCUGGGCUGAAGAUUCCCUUCUCUUCCUUGGAGCGACUGACGAAGACCUGAAAGAGCUGGUUCUGAAAGAUUUAGCUGCGAUCCACGGCAAGUACGUCCGACAUCUCUGCACAGGGGUGGUGGUGAAGAAGUGGAGCUUGGAUCCCUACAGCCUGGGCGCCUUCGCUUCCUUCACACCCUACCAACACCUGGAGCACGCUAAGGAGCUCUUUAAAAGUGAAGGCAGGCUGCACUUUGCUGGUGAACACACCGGCUUCCCUCACGCCUGGAUCGACACAGCUAUGAAAACUGGAAUCAGAGCUGCGAUCAAUAUCAACAAGGAGCUGAACGAUGUCUCCACCUAAACAAGAGACGAUCUCUGAGCCAAUACAUCUGAAUAAAUCACUAUCAUUGUACUCCAUGGUUUUAGGGAAAUCUUUAUAAUUUUUAAUCACUUAAUUUUUACAUUUAUUCAUUUGAAUGCAGAUGUUUGUCAUUUGAGCUUGAGAUUAGUGCCUUGUUCUGUUUUCUAUGCUUUUCAUUAAUUCUGGACACAAUUGAUGGUUGUCUACGGUUCUAUUUUGGUACACGGGGCAACACACAUUCUAAAAAUAUUCUACCUAUUCAAAUUGUAUCUUUCAAUUUCUAUAAACACAAAUAAAAUGCAAAGAAAAUGAUGUAUUUAAUCUGAUUGAUAGGAGUGUGUCAUUAAAGUCCAUAAUUGAAUCCGAA